AUGGCAAUCUCGCAGGGCACCGCACUUGACUAUGUCUCUGAAGUUCCAGCUGUAUCGGCCGAAGUGAAUGGCAAUCACGUCGUACCUAAUGAAUUCCAAUACCCAAAACAUGUCCUCGGUCAGCCCCGGCGUCUGCGGAUCAUCAUUAUAGGGGCAGGCAUAGCAGGUAUCGCUGCUGUCAAGCUGUUUAGAGAACGCUUCGAGGGGCUCCCCGUGAGUCUGACGAUAUAUGAAAAGAAUGCUGAUGUGGGUGGGACUUGGUUAGAAAAUAGGUAUCCAGGAUGUGCCUGUGACGUACCGGCACACGGAUAUACAUUCUCAUGGGAAGGGAAUCCGAACUGGUCUCGGGCGUAUGUGACGGCUCCGGAGAUUUGCGAAUAUUAUCAAGGACGCGCCAGAGCAUACGGGGUGUAUGAGUACUUGCGGAAGAAUCACCGCGUUGUGGGCGCUGUCUGGGAUAAGAAGCAAGGCAUUUGGGAGCUCGGAGUGGAGGACCUUUCCCAGGCGCGGACGUUCACUGACCGUGCUGAAGUUGUUAUUAAUGCAACUGGAUUUCUCAAUAAAUGGAGAUGGCCUGAUAUUCGCGGGCUUGACACCUACAAGGGUCACAAGGUCCAUUCCGCCAGGUGGGACGACUCGUUUGAUUUCACAGGGAAGAAGGUUGCAGUCAUUGGAAAUGGUUCAUCGGCGAUUCAAAUUGUGCCAAUCCUGCGAUCUGUUGCCUGCCAUCUGGUGUCAUUCAACAGAUCUCCCACCUGGAUAACGCCGGAGUUUGGCCAAGAGUUUGCUCCAGAGGGUCGUGAGCAACUCUUCACUGAAGAACAGAAAUCUGCAUGGGCAAGCGAUCCGAAAGGGUUUGUGGAGUAUCGGAAACGAGUCGAGACCACCAUGAAUCAGGUCUUUGACCUAUUUUACAAAGAAUCGCAGAUGCAGAAGGACGCGAUGCAACAUUUCCGGAACAACAUGAAACAGAGACUUGGAAAGAAAGCAUAUCUUGCUGACAAGCUUGUCCCGAACUUUUCUGUGGGAUGUCGAAGGGUUACCCCAGGACACAAUUAUCUCGAGUCCCUCGCUGCCGAUAAUGUGACGAUAGAAACAGGGCAUAUUUUAAAGAUCACGCCGGAUGGGUUCGAGAUGGAGGAUGGAAGACAGUAUACAGAUAUUGACGCCAUCGUUUGCGCUACAGGAUUUGAUACGUCGUUUCGUCCUGCUUUCGCUGUUGUUGGAGAGCAGCAAGAUUUGCGAGAGGUUUGGAAAGAUGAGCCCAAGUCCUACCUCUCGGUCGGAGCGGCUGGCUUUCCGAACUUUUUCUUUGCCACUGGCCCGAACUGUCCACUCGCAAAUGGCACCUUUGUCCCAUGUCUCGAGCGGACCAUGUCCUACAUCUUUGAGCUAGUUGCCAAGAUGCAGCGACAAGGAAUCAAAUCUGUUUCGCCGAAGCAAGAGGCUGUUGACGACUUUCAAGAAUAUAAAGAUUCCUUGAUGAAAGAUUUGGUCUGGACAAGUGGUUGUCGAUCAUGGUACAAGAACGGUCAAGUCGACGGUAAGGUCUGGGGACCUUGGCCGGGAAGCGCGCUGCAUUUCCUCGAGGCGAUGGCGGAGCCUCGAUGGGAGGACUGGGACAUGAAGUACACCACGCAUAAUCGCUUUUCAUAUUUCGGCAAUGGCAAGACGAGGCGAGAGGAACAGGGUGGCGAUCUAGGCUACUAUGUGAGACAGCCAGGUGCCUAG